AAUAAGUAGACGCCGGCCGGCGGCCCGUGCGGACGCCUCCGCCCCUUAGGCGUCCGACUCCCGCCUCUAGCUUCGCCUCCCUCCGCCGCCGUUGCUGCUUCCCGCGGCCUGGGCCUCCGCCGAAAGCAUGCCGCACGCCUUCAAGCCCGGGGACUUGGUGUUUGCCAAGAUGAAGGGCUACCCGCACUGGCCGGCCCGGAUUGAUGACAUUGCUGAUGGUGCCGUGAAGCCCCCACCCAACAAAUACCCCAUCUUCUUCUUUGGAACGCAUGAAACGGCCUUCCUGGGACCCAAGGACCUGUUCCCCUAUGACAAGUGCAAGGACAAGUACGGAAAGCCCAACAAGAGAAAAGGCUUCAAUGAGGGGCUCUGGGAGAUUCAGAACAACCCCCACGCCAGCUACAGUGCACCUCCGCCGGUGAGCUCCUCUGACAGUGAGGUCCCUGAAGCUGACCUGAGUGGUGGCAGCGACGCGGACAAGGACAAAGAAGCCCGGAGAGUCAUGACUGUGACAGCUGUGACCACCACAACCACCAGUGACAGGAUGGAGAGCGAUUCCGACUCUGACAAGAGCAGUGAUCACAGUGGCCUGAAGCGGAAGACACCAGUCUUGAAGAUGUCAGUUUCUAAACGAGCUAGAAAAGCUUCCAGCGACCUGGAUCAGGCCAGUGUGUCCCCAUCGGAAGAGGAUUCUGAGAGCCCAUCUGAGUCGGAAAAGACCAGUGACCAGGAUUUUACCCCAGAAAAGAAGACAGUGGCCCGGACGCCACGGCGGGGUCCUCUGGGAGGACGUAAGAAGAAGAAGGUGCCAUCAGCCUCGGAUUCAGACUCCAAAGCCGACUCGGAUGGGGCCAAGGAAGAGCCUGUGGUUGCAGCACAGCCGUCUCCAUCCUCCUCCUCGUCCUCCUCAUCCUCCUCCUCAGACUCAGAUGUGUCCGUCAAGAAACCUCCUCGAGGCAGAAAGCCAGCUGAGAAGCCACCCCCCAAGCCCCGAGGGCGGAGACCAAAGCCAGAACGACCACCUUCCACCUCCAGCAGUGACAGUGACAGUGACAGUGGUGAGGUGGACCGCAUCAGUGAAUGGAAGAGACGUGAUGAGGAGCGAAGGCGUGAGCUGGAGGCUCGGAGGCGACGGGAGCAGGAGGAAGAGCUCCGGAGACUUCGAGAACAGGAGAGGGAGGAGAAGGAGCGGCGCAAGGAGCGGGCAGAGCGUGGGGGCAGCAGUGGGGAGGAGCUGGAGGACGAGGAGCCUGUGAAGAAGCGUAGCCGCAAGACUCGGGGCCGGGGCACACCAUCUUCCUCUGACUCAGAGCCCGAGGGGGAGCUUGGGAAAGAGGGGAAGAAAUUGGCCAAGAAGUCCCAACUGCCAGGCUCAGAGUCUGCAAGGAAGCCUGGGCAGAAGGAGAAGAGAGGGCGGCCAGAUGAGAAGCCACGAGCCAGGCCUGUGAAGGUGGAGCGGACGCGGAAGCGGUCGGAGGGUCUCUCACUGGACAGGAAGGGGGAGAAGAAGAAAGAACCUUCUGUAGAGGAGAGACUGCAAAAGCUGCACAGCGAGAUCAAAUUUGCACUGAAGGUUGACAACCCAGAUGUGAGGAGGUGUCUGAGUGCACUGGAAGAACUGGGGACCCUGCAGGUAACCUCUCAGAUCCUUCAGAAGAACACAGAUGUGGUAGCAACACUGAAGAAGAUUCGCCGGUACAAGGCCAACAAGGAUGUGAUGGCGAAGGCAGCAGAGGUCUACACCCGGCUCAAGUCGCGGGUCCUGGGGCCAAAAGUUGAGGCUCUCCAGAAGGUGAACAAGGCUGGAGCCGAGAAGGAACGGGCCGAUGGCGAGAAGGUGGAGGAACAGCCGGGGGAGCAGGCUCCCAGAGAGCUGGCAGAGGAUGAGCCCAGCACCGAUCGGUCAGCACCUAUGAAUGGUGAGGCCGCAUCCCAGAAGGGGGAGAACAUGGAAGACAGAGCACAGGAAGAUGGGCAGGACUCAGAGGAUGGCCCCAGGGGUGGCUCCUCAGAAGAGCUGCAUGACAGCCCACAGGACAGCUCUGACCCCGCAAGGCCUGGGAAUGAGCAUCAGGACCAUGAGAGGACACGGCUAGCCUCUGAGUCUGCCGAUGAUGACAAUGAGGACAGCUGAGCCCCAGCCACUGUGGCCAUGGUGCCAUGUCCAUCCCCAGCCUCCCAGGGAAGUGCUGCGCUGUUUGUAUUUGUGGCCUGGGCUUUUCUGCCUAGUUCUGUGAUUUCAAUUGACAUGAAAUGGCUAUAAAGAAUUUUGUAAUGAAAAAGAAA